ACAAUCUAAAUUUGCUAUCCUAGAAAUACUUGGGAUUGCGACUUGUGUGUACAGAUUGAAUUCAUAGAUUUUUACCAAAAUGUCUUUUGAAAUGUCGUCUAGUGAUAGUGACAGUGAUUUGGAACAUUUAAUUCAGUUAUCCGACUGGGAUACUAAUUCUAGUGACGAUGAUAGUGACAAACAACGCGUUAGUUCACGGAUAAUAAGAAGGGUUAAUUACAUGCAGACGCUAGAUGAUGCAGAGUUCACCUUCAGGUUUCGACUUACAAAACCUGCCUUCCAAUUGUUAUUGACUGAAUUAAUGCCCUUUGUUCGGGUAACCUCAAAAAAAAAUUAUGGCGUGUCUCCUCUACAUCAACUUCUCUUGACACUCCGGUUUUAUGCUCUCGGCACUAUGUUAAUUUCUGUGGCAGACUUUGUUGGAGUCUCAAAAUCGACUGCUGGUAGAAUCAUGAGAGACAUGUCAAGAGCCAUAGCCCGAUUGUAUGACAAGUAUAUUUUUGUACAUCAGGAAGGUGCAGAAAAUUUUUAUAGGAUUGCUGGCUUUCCUCGUGUCCUGGGUGCAAUUGACUGUACACACAUUCGCAUACAAUCUCCAUGUCAAACAAUAGGUGAAGAGUUCAGGAAUCGUAAAGGUUACUUUUCUUUAAAUGUUCAAGCUGUUUGUGAUGCUGAACUGAGGUUGAUGAAUGUUGUAGCUCGUUGGCCAGGUUCCACUCAUGAUGCAACAAUAUUCAAUAAUUCUAUACUGAGAGCUCAAUGUGAUGCUGGUGAUUUUGGAAACAGAUGGUUGCUUGGUGACAGUGCUUAUCCAAACAGAUCAUAUUUGUUGACUCCACUAUUAAACCCAGUUACAGAAGCAGAGAUUCGUUACAAUGAAUCACAUAUUAAAACUAGGAAUACUAUUGAACGCACAUUUGGAGUUUGGAAACGCCGCUUCCCAGUGGUAGCACUGACAUUAAGAGUGUCAAUAUCAAAUGUGCACGCUAUAAUAGUAGCUACAGCUGUUUUGCACAACAUGUGUAGAAACCUGAACCUACAAGAAAUCCCACCAGAAGUUGAGCUGCCACCUACUGACAAUAUAGAAAACAGUGGUGCACAAAACAUGAUUAUGCUAGACAUGCAACAUCGAGCAGAUCUUAUAAAUAAUUAUUUUACAAUUUAAGAGAACAGAUGAAGACUAGUAAUUAGAAUAUUGUAAUAAUUUUAUUAAGUAAUUUACUGUUAAUAUAUAUGUGUAAUUUUUUUUUCUUCGAUUAGCAACACCAACGACAGUUGUCAUUUUCAGCUGGCCGUAAUAAAUAAAUAAUUUUUAAUAGUCUAUCACACGAAUAUUAUAUUUUCAACAUCGUUAUUAGUGAUAUAAUAGUGCAAUAAGUGUCGAUUAUUGUUUGUGUACAAUUUGGUAGUGUAUUAUUUGCAAAAAUCGACAUCAAAAUAGUGUACCGGCCAUAGAAUUAGUGCUAAUUGGUGGUUUGUAUUCACACACUUAAACUUAAAAAUGUAAAGUAAUAAUAAAAUUAUUUAAAAGAGCAACACGCAAGUUUCUUGCUCGUUCUUCUUGUGAUGAGACAGCUUUCCGAACGAGCGGUAGAUUAAAAAAUGUAAUGACUAUUCAAAAGUGCUUCAAUGUAAGUUUAUCUGAAUAAAUGAUUUUCUAUUCUACUGUUGAGAUUUGAUUAAUAUCAUAAUAGUAUUUAUAUAUAAGGACAAAUUUAAAAUAGCUGUGCUAUAUUGUAAAAAAUAUUUAAUAUUAUGCCUUUUCUACCAACCUUUAUGAUGUACAGAAAUAACAGAAAAAACAAUAGUUUGGGAAACAUGUAAUGUUAUA